GUUCGAAUUCUGCGAAUGGAGCCGCCGCGAAGCGCAAGCGCCUUCGGACAAAGGUCGAGGUCCCGCCUCCCUCCCUUCCUUCGGAGGAAUCAUCGUAUGGCGAAUAUGCGCCGGCGAUGCAGAAUAUGGAUGCGAAUGCCCAUUAUUACACAGGGCAAGAAUCUGGCAUUGAAUACAGCUCCUACGAUGGCGCGCACAUGCAACAUGUGCAACCUGGAUUCGGAACCAUGUCUGUGACGCCUCAACUUUCGGUCGGCCCGAGCUCGAAUCCGAGCUCACACACCACUCCUCCCUUUUCCACCGUCGAUCCCAACGUCGCCAGUGGACGAGCGGCUCAGCAUCCUCAAAUGGCUCAUCCGAACGCCGUUUCCGCCAUUCUCGAACCCGUCGCUGGUCAGCACGACAUUUUCGAGUUUAGCGGUCUCGACGCCAACAAUCUCCUCGGGCAAAUGGAAAUUGCGAUCUCGCUUCCUGACGAUUUCCUCGUGGACGGACUCGGAUUGGGAUUGGGUGAAGGUGGCUUCAACUUUGAUGGUGCGGAUUCUGGUGGAGGGUUUGCAGAGUUUAGCAAUCUCGCGUCGUUUGAUGGAUUGGGAAAUAGCUCUGGAGAUUCUGGUGUCAACUUUGGUGAUUACUCGAUGAUGGACAAGGGUCUCGUGGACCCAAAUGCCCUGAGUCUGAACGAAGGCAUGCCAUCUCAACACUAUCCUCCUCCGUCCCUCCAUAUCAACACUCAGUUUACUUCCGAUCCGUCUACUAUCCCAAUGUCUGCCGUUUCCGAGCAGUUUAAUGUCACGUCUCCCUCUCAGCCAUCUGCUUCGGAUGGCAACUUUUAUG